AUGUCAUCGGACAUUCAGGUCUUCGUCAAAUGGAAAGACCAGUCUAUUUUCGCCGGGGAAGAUGUUGAAUGCACCAUUACCUUCAAGAACGUUGCGGAGACCGGCGAGGAACCGAACAAUGCGCAAACGCUUCAUCUCAGGAAGCAGUCGCGGGCUGCGAUGACCCCUCGCUCGGAUUCUUUCUCCCUACGGCUCCCGUCAAAUCCCUUUAGAAAUCCCAAUCGCCGUUCAUACCCUAUUGUUCCUCGAAAGAGCCCGUCCCAUCGCAUAUCGUCCUCCGUGAGUUCGCCGUUGAUCGGCUCUCAUAGCUUCCCACCUCCCUCUACGCCGCGAACUGGCCCCUCGGCCGGCCACAAACAUAAAAGGUCGGUAUCUAUACUGUCUAUAGAUAGCGAGGGAGGGAAUUCAAGCGUCGCUGGCGAUAAAACUCCAAGGACCCCGUCUCAAUUAACCCAUUCAAGACCGGUGAGGGGCCAUGGACGCUCCGCAAGCCUGCAAGUUGUACCAAGAAGAUAUGAAGGCUAUGAGGAUAACCCGAAAGGGUUACGAAGCCCAAUUCGCGGAUUUCCAAUGCCUGAGUCCCCUAAUCAGCAAUCACCCGGGGGACUGAGAGUAGACAUGGAUGCGAUACGACCUAGCGGUCCUUUAUCUGGAGCCCACAGCCCCAUAAGACCGACACCUCAGAUACGAGCGCCAGGAAGAAGACCUCAAUUACCGCCCAUAGAUUUCAAGUUUCCUCCAGGGCCGGAGAGCGAGUCGAGCACGGGGCCUGUUGUCGGAACGCCCGCGUCAACGUCCAAAGACUCUAUUUCCUUGGCCGCUCCAGGGCAAAUGCCGUCGAAAGUCCUUUCAGCUUCCAGUCUAAAUGGGAGUCACCGAAGCAGUGGAGAAUAUUACUCUCUCAGCAACAAUUCUACUGAGACUCUACAGUCAGAAUAUACCAACUAUUCAACCUCCAUGCUGCGCGCAGGUUACCCACGCCACAGCCGGCAUAUGUCUAGCAUGGAGUCAGCGGUGCCAGUCCCAACCGGACAGGCGCUUCUUAUGGGAUAUGCGCAAAUAAGCGCGUCAUUCACAGUAGAUGGCUCGCUGAUAAACCAGGCUGCUUUCGACGAGGUCAAGCGGCAGGGUGUGGUUGGUGGUUCAGGGAAUGGUGGCGGUACAGCGAGCUCGAGGCCUGCUUCGUCUAGCGGCAAAGGUCGAAAAGGCGGCGGCUUCUGGGGCGCCUUGAACUGGAAUUCAAUAGAGGAGUCUAUCAGUGGAUUACUCUCCAAUAAUGACCUCGACGGUCUUCGAGACAUGCGAGGCGUAUCCUCGUCGAAAUCAAUACCCUUACUGUCGACUCCCCAAUCCCUUCUUUUUGUGGACCUUCGACUAGCUCCAGGGGAGGAGCAGUCUUUCUCUUUCGCCUUCACUCUACCCAGCGGUCUACCAGCGAGUCACAAGGGGAAGGCUAUCAAAAUAUCCUACAAUCUUGUCAUAGGCACACAGCGACCCAGCGGGAGCAACGAGCCCCAACGAGUCAACCGCAUUAGCAUACCGUUCCGUGUCUUCAGUGGCGUAAACGCCCAAGGAGAAAUCAUCGGGCAUGAUCUGAUGCGUCCCUAUGUGAUCUUACGGGAUGAGGCCAGGGUGCAGAAAGUUGGCUCUCUUCCCCAAGUAACCGCGAAGGCCGAGAGCAUAAGCAAGCCGAUGUGGACAUCAGCCCCCGAGUUCUUAUCCUAUGUGGAUGAGAUUCUCGAACAACGCUCUCGCAACAGUUCUCUCAAACUGCCGAGCACGCUCGCCGAGAGGCGGCCAAGUUAUGAUCUGACAGGAGGGCCGGUCUCUUGUAAAGACGCUAUUGACUUUGCUAUUCUUCGAAGCAACCAGACGGUCAAUUCGUCGCAGAGCCCAAAUCGCUUUGAGAUCGCGCGCGGGGGACGUCGGAUUGCCGUUGUAGUGCUCAACCGACCAGCCCAUCGCCUCGGCGAAACUCUCGUUGCGACGGUAAAUCUAGCUGAUGCGGCACUUCCGUGCUACGCACUUAGAGCGACCCUGGAGAGCUCUGAGAAAGUUGGAGCGAAUUUGGCGGUACGAUCUAGCGCCAGUAUUCGGCGAGCGACGCGCCGAAUCCAUGCGUCUUUCUUUGAAAUCACUCUUUACUCGACCAGAGUCGUGUUCAGUCCGGCAAUCCCGAUCUCUGCCACUCCAACAAUACUCACGAGCGGUGUCAAUGUCGAGUGGGAGUUGAGAUUUGAGUUCGUCACUACAAGCACGCCAGAUGAAUUGGGCCGGGGUCCUUCCGGUGUGCGACUGCUAGAGACGGUCUCUGAGGAUGAUCGCGGGGCUACAAUGUCGGCUUUGGAGCAUUUAGGCUGCGAGUCAUUUGAGGUUGCAAUUCCCAUCACGAUAUAUGGAGAAACUGUACGGGAGCGAUUGCCGGAAGAGAACGAAGGGCACUCUAUUUAA